AUGAAGAUUUCAGUUCCCCUAGUAACUUUGUUUAUUGGACUAGUUGCGGCUAGGCCACUCGACGUCGAUGCGCCGCCCCAAGAGUUGCCGCCUGUUGAUAAUCUCCUACCGCGCCCUGACGAAACUCCGAAUUUCAAUCUUGAGAAGGCGAACCGAGAAGCCUGCCGGCAACUUAUGCAAAUGAAUGGUGCGGCUGAGGCUGCAACCAAGUUUUGUGGUCAGUUCCAGUAA